UGUUGUCGUCUUGUCGCAGGGUCAUCGUACAGAUGAGGCUGCAAUGAAUAUUUUAUUUGCUCCGAUGUUUGGUAUUCCUUCACGUCGACGACUUUCCCGACACGUAGGAAACAGUAGCACUGACCCCUUUCUGACUCCACUUGUGUACGCAGGAGAUGAUGAACUACAACAAGUUCCAGGGGUCCUCGAAGGGAUGGCGAUUCAGUCCGAAGGUGCUUAGGUGGGCCUUGUACGCGUUGGCGAAUAUGGGCUCGGCUGGGUACAACGUCAUCCAAGACGUUCUUCAUCUCCCGUCCAUCGGUCACCUCAGGAAGGUCAGGAGGGCCGCUGCCGGGACGACGACAUGGGGCGUACAGCACCACCUCGUGGAGGCAUACGGUAAGAUGGCAGCCGAAGACAACCUUGGCAGGUUCGACCUGUGCGGCAUCCUCGUCUGGGAUCUGAUGCAUCUCAACACCAACGGCUUCAAGGUGCGACCGAAUGGCGGAGGGAUACAAGGCCUGGUCGACCCGGACUCUAUAUUGCGCCACCCACUGGACGGCGUGAAAGGGGUGGCCGAUAACAUCAGCUUGGAAGAGACACUCGAGACCUUCGUUGCCACCCAAUACCUUGAGGUGUUCUGGGUUAGCAUCGGAAACCUGAAGUACAAGUUCUGCGUCUAUAGAGAAGCGGUCAAGGGAUUGACCGGGCCCAAACUCAAGCGGAUGCUGAAUGAGGUUAUGCUCAGGUUGUACACGGUCCACGAGGACAAGCAGUUCGACGUAAUCUGUACCGUCUGCGACGGUGCUGCCGAACACCGGUCGUUCCAGUAGUUCUUCGCAACCUCAACAUUCUCGA